UAAACCCCUUCCGUGUGACUUAAAAAAAUCAUUUUAUAACGACACACGGCAUUUGUAACUGACUUUCCCCCCAGUUGAAGAUGUCUACAUUUUUCAAAUUUGUGUAAUUUUGGGGUGGAAAAAAACCAGCAUUGACAGCUGUGAUUUGGCUUGCCAAAAAUAAAUUGCUUGAACUGAGACUUGUGAAUGGUGGUGUGAGGGCUUUCCUUGCUGUAAUUUAGAACACUAAAUUUAGAACUGUUUUUCCUAAUGCAUAGCUUGGUUUUUACCUUUGCUGUCUUAGUAGUUUGUUAUAUGGGAUACCAUUCUUUUUUCAAGACUGAAAAAUCACAGAUUGCAUCUGAAGUUCAAAAAUGAUGUUGUCAUGCUAAGUCACUUAUUCUGGGCAAAUUGUCAUCAAGGAUAACCUAAUGGGUCAGUUAAAUGAAAGCAUGGACCAUGGGGGAGUUGGACCAUAUGAACUUGGCAUGGAACAUUGUGAAAAAUUUGAAAUUUCAGAAACUAGUGUGAACAGAGGGCCAGAAAAAAUCAGACCAGAAUGUUUUGAGCUACUUCGGGUACUUGGUAAAGGGGGCUAUGGAAAGGUUUUUCAAGUGCGAAAAGUAACAGGAGCAAAUACUGGGAAAAUAUUUGCCAUGAAGGUGCUUAAAAAGGCAAUGAUAGUAAGAAAUGCUAAAGAUACAGCUCAUACAAAAGCAGAGCGGAAUAUUCUGGAGGAAGUAAAGCAUCCCUUCAUUGUGGAUUUAAUUUAUGCCUUUCAGACCGGUGGAAAACUCUACCUCAUCCUUGAGUAUCUCAGUGGAGGAGAAUUAUUUAUGCAGUUAGAAAGAGAGGGAAUUUUUAUGGAAGACACAGCCUGCUUUUACUUGGCAGAAAUCUCCAUGGCUUUGGGGCAUUUACAUCAAAAGGGGAUCAUCUACAGAGACCUGAAGCCGGAGAAUAUCAUGCUUAAUCACCAAGGUCAUGUGAAACUAACAGACUUUGGACUAUGCAAAGAAUCGAUUCAUGAUGGAACAGUCACACACACAUUUUGUGGAACAAUAGAAUACAUGGCCCCUGAAAUCUUGAUGAGAAGUGGCCACAAUCGUGCUGUGGAUUGGUGGAGUUUGGGAGCAUUAAUGUAUGACAUGCUGACUGGAGCACCCCCAUUCACUGGGGAGAAUAGAAAGAAAACAAUUGACAAAAUCCUCAAAUGUAAACUCAAUUUGCCUCCCUACCUCACACAAGAAGCCAGAGAUCUGCUUAAAAAGCUGCUGAAAAGAAAUGCUGCUUCUCGUCUUGGAGCUGGUCCUGGGGAUGCUGGAGAAGUUCAAGCUCAUCCAUUUUUCAGGCAUAUUAACUGGGAAGAACUGCUGGCUCGGAAGGUGGAGCCUCCCUUUAAACCUCUGUUGCAAUCCGAAGAGGAUGUGAGUCAGUUUGAUUCAAAGUUUACACGCCAGACACCUGUUGACAGUCCAGAUGACUCCACUCUCAGUGAAAGUGCCAACCAGGUCUUUCUGGGUUUUACAUAUGUGGCUCCAUCUGUACUUGAAAGCGUGAAAGAAAAGUUUUCCUUUGAACCAAAAAUCCGAUCACCUCGAAGAUUUAUUGGCAGCCCACGAACACCUGUCAGCCCAGUCAAAUUUUCUCCUGGGGAUUUCUGGGGAAGAGGUGCUUCAGCCAGCACGACGAAUACUCAGACGCCUGUGGAAUACCCAAUGGAAACAAGUGGAAUAGAGCAGAUGGAUGUGACAAUGAGUGGGGAAGCUUCAGCACCACUUCCAAUACGACAGCCGAACUCUGGGCCAUACAAAAAACAAGCUUUUCCCAUGAUCUCCAAACGACCAGAGCACCUGCGUAUGAAUCUAUGACAGAGCAAUGCUUUUAUUGAAUUUAAGGCAAAAAAAGUAGGGAUAGGAUGUGUGAGCAUCCUGCAAGGUAAAACAAGAAGACUCAAAAUGACAGUCUCAAAGAGUCAGUGUCAUUACAUGGAACACUUUGGACAGAGGAAAAAUAAACAUGGAUUUUUAAAAAUCAAAUCAAUGGUGCAAAAAAAACUUAAGCAAAAUAGUAUUGCAGAACUCUUAGGCACAUCAGUUAAUUGAUUCCUAGUGACAUCUUCUCAACCGAAUCAAGGAUUUUCACGUUGAUGGCUCAAAACUGACAGUAUUAAGGGUAGGAUGUUGCUUCUGAAUCAUCGUUGCAUUCUGAUUGUGUCGAAGAAGGGUUAUCCUUUCAUUAGGCAAAAUCUGAAAUUGCCUGUAAUACUUGCAACUAAGGACAAAUUAGCAUGCAAGCUUGUUCAAACUUUUCCAGCAACAUGGAAUCAAAGACAAAAGAAACUUACUGAUUGAUGUUUUACGUGCAAACAACCUGAAUCUUUUUUUUAUAUAAAUAUAUAUUUUUCAAAUAGAUUUUUGAUUCAGCUCAUUAUGGAAAACAUCCCAAACUUUAAAAUGCGAAAUUACUGGUUGGUGUGAAGAAAGCCAAACAACUUCUGUUUCUUCUCUUGGUGAAGUAAUAAAAAUGCAAAUGAAUCAUUGUUAACCACAGCUGUGGCUUGUUUGAGGGAUUGGGGUGGACUCCGGGUUUAUUUCAGUAACCCAGCUGCAAUACCUGUCUGUAAUACUAGAAAAAAAAAUGAAUCUAUUUAAUCAUUUCUACUUACAGUACAGCUAUGUGCUAAGCGUAACUGGAAGCCUUGGGAUGGGCAUAAGUUGUAUGUCCUACAUUUCAUUCUUGUCCUGGGCCUACAUUGCACUGGAAAAAUAUCACCACCUGUUCUUAUACCAGUAUUUGGUUCAAGAUACGAAUUGUGUUCAGCCCAUGGCUGAAGAAGGACGGAAGAGUCAGGAUAAAAUGCAUAUCGAGGGCGGCAAAGUGAGGGAGAUAGGGAGAUUCAGGGGAAGAGGGUGUUGCCAUCAUCUACUCUGUCUAAUCUCUACAGCAAAUUGGUAAGGUUUUAAGUUUUACUUAUUUUUACUGUUGUUGCCAUCUACUUUCUUACAUUUUUUUCCCUCAACAGUUUUAAAAGGAAAAAAAGGUAUUUUUUUCCUCCUAUACUGGGGCUACAUUUUUUGAUUGUAAAAAUAUUUGAUGGCCUUUUGAUGAAUGUCUUCCACAGUGAAUAAGAAAACUUAGUGGCUUAAUUUAGGAAAUAUGUUAACAAGACACUAUGUUUUUGAAGUCGUAACAAAAAUCUUCCUAAGUGAUUUACAGGUUCAAAGAAUAAAAAUAAAGGUAACUUUACCUUUCUUAAAUACUUCCUGCCUUAAAGAGAGCAUUUCCAUGACUUUAGCUGGUGAAAGGGUUUAAUAUCUGCAGAGCUUUAUAAAAAUAUAUUUCAGUGCAUACUGGUAUAAUAGCUGAUCAUGCAGUUACAGUUGAGUCUUAUCACUUCUUUUUGUUUGUUUUUAUAUGUCUUCAGUCUGAGUGUGCAAAGUCAAUUUGUAUAUUUUGCAACCCUAUGAUUUUUUAAAAUAGAUGCUGCUUGUUAUGUUCAACAAACCUUUUUGAGCCAUAGGAUCCAAGCCAUAAAAUUCUUUACGUAUGUUGAAUUCAGUCAGAAAAGAGCAAGUCUUUGCUUAUUUAAAUGGCAAUUCAAGUGAGAUGAUGUGAAAUCCUAUGACAUUAAGCAAAACAGAACCAUGACAAAAAUGAUUGGAAACAUAUAUAUCUUUUCAAUUGUGGCAAUAAAUGAAAGAUUUGAUAACAGUUAUCUUUGGACAGUAAGCCUUUUUUUUAAAAUCACUCCCUCUAGACCCCCUCCUUCCCUUAUUGCAGCAGUGUACUGAAAACUUUGAUUGCAGCUAAUAAAUUUGAAGCUACAAUAAUAAGGGUAGAAAUUGUACUUAAAGUACAGCUGUUUGUUCUCUAAUGGUUUAUGAUGUCUGAAAAAUCAGAACCCUAUGGUGAUAUGUACAGGCUUUAUUUCUGACUGUAAAUGGCUCAUGCUACUCUGCUUAUUUUCCAACGUGUUUACUAAUUGUAGUGUUGACUGCCUGACCAAUUCCAGUAAAAUUUUUAUACCAAAAUAUUCCUCAGUCCUGUUCGCUAUUAACAUUUGCACUGUGAUUGGCUGGCUAUAACCACACCAGAGUUCAACCAUUUUCAUAGUACCACCAGCAGUAGUGGUAAAUACUGCAACUUUUCUGCAUAGAAAGCAUUAAUUGCACACCUGCAAUCCAAACAAAUAGCUUUUCAAACUUAACAUUAAAUGAAAUUAAUUCCCUGUGCUGUGGCAAGUUUAUUGAGAAAUUGUUUCAUAAAUGGAUAUCCCUACUCUGACUGUGAAAACAUGUCAAGUGCCACUUUAGUGUCACAGACAGAAAGCACACACCUAUGCAAUAUGGCUUACCCUAUAUUUAUUUGUAAAAAUCUGAGCAUAGUUUAAAAUAUAUGAUGUCAAUAUAACUAGUCUUGAGUUUCUAAGAGGGUUCUUUAUGAUUAUUCCAGGUAAGCAUAUAAAAGAGAUUGUGUUUUUCUUUCACACUUGAUUUUCUUUGAAAUCAGCUAUUAUAAGAUAUUUUUUUAUUUUAUACAUGCUGUUUUUUUAUUAAAAUAUAAUCAGAGAACUGAAGUUUACUAAUUUUGAUUUUGUAAGGUUUGUAGCAUUACAGAAUAAACAGAUUUAUAAACCAGCUGUGAUUAACAAUGUGUAAAGUAUUAAUUAUUGAAGUUGAACCAGAUUUUUAGGAAAAUUGUUACUUUUUUCUCCUUUAUGGUCAUACCUAAUUUGAAUCCUCCAAGGAUUUUUCCAUACUAUUUUUUGAGAUCAAAGAUAAUGUGGGGGGAGAAUGUAAGUAUGAUACUCCAUAAAUUCAACAUUCUUUAAGUAAUAAUGAUUAUAAACCAGAUGUAUCUUCAAUAAUAAUGUACUGAGCCUUGGAUUUUAUAUUUAAUAUAGGACUUAACUAUUUUGGUUACUCAGUCAUAUGACUCCUGGCUUACAAGGGCUAGAUAUCUAAAGACUAUUCCCUUGAGAAAUGUUGAAUUUAUGAAGAACGGAUUUUGAGACUUUGAAAAUGGUAGACACUAGCAAGCUGAACAAAAACAAUUAUAAAGCUGUUUGUCACACCAUGACCUGUGGGCUGUUGUUGAUUGAUACAAAACUUUUCUUGUGUGAUUCCUAAUAUACCACUACAGCACAAGUAUUAUCUUAGUGGAUUAUCUGAAGUAACGUCUGGAAGAUGGGUUCAUCUGUGUUUGCUCUUUAAACUAUUAUUUUUUCCCUGUCCCAAGUUGGCUUUGUAUCUAUCAGAGUAAAUUAAUUCUUCAGCUGCCUUAUUAGGAGUGCUAUGAGGGUAACACCUUUUCUGCUUUUCAUCUUGUAUUUAGUUUACUGUAUUAAGUAUUUGAUUUCAGAUUGAAUGAAUGUAAAUAGAAAAUUAAAUGCAAAUUUGAAUGAAUAUAAAAUAGACGUGAUUUUUUUAAAAUUCCAAGACAAGAUAUCAAUCAGGUGCACAAAUGGUUUCAAUAAUGUUUUUCAUUAACAUGCCAAAUGUGUUCAGCUUCUCAUAUUUAAUAAACUACUUAUAUAUGUGAGGAAUGACAGUUGUUAGAAACUGUUCUCUGCUGAGAAAGCGAAGCUACUUAAAUUUAUAACAAGUGUUAGUACUGAAUUUAUAUAUUAGAUGUUACAUAUCUGUAAUUUCCAAGUUCUGUCGAAUAGGUUACUUAAAAAAAAAUUCAAUUUUGAAGUUAUGUGAAAAAAAUAGCUUCAUGUAAAAACACUAGGAAGACUUUGUCUUGUUAACUGCAUUUGAUUAUUUGAUGUGUAUGCACAAUGUAAUGCACAAAUCUGUUUUUAACUAAUGUCUCAAUAUAUCUAGUGUAAGAUUGGUGUUUUGUAUAAGCUAUUUAAAUUCCUCCACACUUACCAAGAUUAUUUCUCUAUAGACAUUCUCAAACUGGCUUUACUUUUUUAUGAAACAUUAUAGUGACUCUUAAUAUUCAUAAAACAGUCUUUCAGAGGGUGUGAUCUGGAUUCACAGAAUAAAUGGGUUAAAGAUCUA